CCUCUGUUUGCAGCAACAGAACAGAAGUAGCGGAGUUAGCAUCAGGAUAGCAUCAGUGUUAGCUCUAGGGUUAGCAUCAGGGUUAGCAUGGCAGGAGUUCUCUUCUCUCUCCCGCUUCCUCUCCAUCUUAUCUUCUCUUCCUCCGUCCGACACGAGUGUUGAUAAACUCCAGCCGGCAUUAGAGCCCUCUCCCCGGGGAAGAAGCAGCGUUUGUCCCGCUGGUCCUCCGGAGAAAAGAGGACUGGUUUCCAGACGGAUCGCUAACGAGCUGCAGAAAGGCAGAAAAAAGAAUUUGGGGGGUGGAAGUUUUCUGAGAUUUUCUGAGCUGAUGCCGUUGCCAUGGCCACGGCGUUGGGAUGGGAGUGACGUGAUGGAUCUACUUCCUUCUUCCUCUCUGACCCUCCUCUUCCUCUUCCUCUCGUCUUCCUGCUGAAACAUGGAAGAGUCGGUGCUGUUGGAUCUCCUCGAGUGUCCUGUGUGUCUCGAGCGUCUGGACGCCACGGCCAAAGUUCUGCCGUGUCAACACACCUUCUGCCGCCGCUGCCUGCAAAGCAUUCUGGGAUCUCGUGGAGAGUUGAGAUGUCCUGAGUGCAGAACGCUGGUGGAGAGCGGCGUGGACGAGCUGCCCUCCAACAUCCUGCUGGUGAGGCUGCUGGACGGCAUCAAGCAGAGGCCGAGGGGCGGGGCCUCUGCAGCGAAGGGCGGGGGACAGAGCACUCAGCAGGGGGUCCAACCCUCUGGAGCGAGGGGGGGGAGCCAGACCACUCAGCAGGGGGUCCAACAACCGCAGAGGAACGCCACCAAGAACCCCCUCGUACGGGUCAGUACACGUGUUUAUAAUCUCACUUCAUCUUCACCGUCCCACUAGAGGACGCCCUGAAACCCUGACAUCACUUCCUGUCCCCUGGUCUGGAGGUCAAUGUGUUUUUGGUUGUUAUCCUGAAAUAAGGUCUGUGGUUCUGACGUGAAGUCAU